CCCACACUCUAUACAGUUCAGAAAGGACAGUAAAAUUAUGAUUAUAUAUUGGACAAUCUUUUUGUUUCACGCCAAUUUGGGCUGUGCACUUGACAAGGAUGUAAUCCAACCAGACCCUGUGAUAGUUACACAACUGGGACAAAGUGUAUCUCUCACUUGCUUUUGUCGAUCUAAUUUGAUGGUCAGGGUCUCUUGGUUCAAGCAAACUGUUGGACAGAAGCCUCUUCUCAUGGAAUCAUCAUAUUAUCCCACUAAAAAUAGUUUUUAUUCCAAAAACUUUAACAAAGACUUUAGUGAGACUAAACGUUUGAGUGUGAAGAGAGGAGAUGGCAGCUCUAACCUGACCAUCUCCAAGACAGAGUCAGGUGACUCAGCUACAUACUACUGUGGUGCUAUGGAAGAGGGCAAACUCAAAUUUGCAGAAGGAACUUCUUUAUUUGUCAAAGGUUCAGAGUCCAACAGCAUGUCUGUGCUCCAGCAGCCUGUGUCUGAGUCAGUUCAGCCAGGAGACUCUGUGACUCUGAACUGUACAAUACACACUGAGACCUGUGCAGAACACAGUGUCUAUUGGUUCAGACAUGGCUCAGGAAAAUUCCAUCCAGGAAUCAUUUACAACAAUGGAGACAGGAGAGAUCAGUGUGAGAAUUGCCCAGAGGCUGGGUCUCCUACACAGAGCUGUGUCUACAACCUCCCCAAGAGAAACCUCAGCCUCUCUGAUGCUGGGACUUACUACUGUGCUGUGGCCUCAUGUGGGGAGAUACUGUUUGGGAAAGGGACCAAGCUGGAAAUGGACUAUGGUUGUAAGAAGGAACUUCUCUUGGUGUACUGUCUGGGUGUAGCGUUGGCUCUUUGUGUCAUCAUCAUCAUUGUCCUUGGUUGUGUUAUGUAUAAGAUGACCAAGAAAACCUUUCUGCUGUGCAGUGGAACGCAUCCUCAGCCAAGUGGUCUGACAGUCCCCAGUUCUCAUGACCAGGAUCAAGAAGAUGAUGACACACUCACGUCGGUCCAUUACGCUGCUCUAAAUAUGAUCCACAAGAAGCCAAAGACGCAGAGACAGAGGAGCGCCAUGGAGAGAGACACCGAGUACUCUGGGCUGUAUCCUGUAUCGGAUCUCUGUGGUGUCCUGACGGCCCUAAAUGGAUUUUCCACUCAGCUUAACUCAUCUUUAAACCCCAGAAAUGACCAUCAGUCCUCACCACACACUGUCUUCACACACCUCAGUGCAUCAAAACCACAAACAUCCAUGUCACUAAGAGCACAACUCACUCUCAUCAUGAGAAAAGCCUGAACUAAAAAUAUACUUUUUAGCCGAGUAUAUUUUGAAGGGAGCUUAUAGUGUUGAACAUAUCAUCCAAAUAUUACAAUGUACACAUUGUAAUUAAGAAGUUUUUGCAAACAAUAGAAAAUGUGAAUAUGCAUAUGUGCAGGUUGAAGUAGUGUACUUCAUUUAUCUUUCAAUAGGGUGCAACAGUGUACAUAGAAGUCCUCAUAACUGCUUUACCUUCAGAGUUGGCAGCAACUUUUAUAAUUGUCCAGAUAUUAAUCUUUUUCACUAAGAAUCAUUGAAAAUGUACUUUCCCAUGAUAUAUCAUGUGUGUAGUCAUAAUAGCUGUCAACAAAGGUCCAAUAAAGACAAUGUUCGGUUAAGAAUC